GCUCCGGACCCUCAUGGUGCCACUUGCCGCUCGGCUAUGCCCGUCAAACGCGACCACACACUGGCAAGCAAACACCCCAGAAUGGCAGGCUACCGGUCAGCAGGACACCGCAGCAAGCCCCUCUUGGUCUCUCCAGGACCGUCGCCGGCCUCUCUCCUGCCCAUACUUGGCCAAGUCUCUUUCACCUCUCCACGUCUGAUUGCACUCUCUUGCACUCUCUCCUCUGCCCUCCACGAGACAUCUGCUUUGAGACGUGCGGAUCCUAUACCGAGUGUCUUCACACUCAAGCACCCUGAUUGCCAAAACCUUACUCGGUCUUCUGGACCUUCUUCCAUCAGCAAACACCUUCACAUUGCCUGGACCUUUCCUGCCCUGACGCCAGUUAUCGGGACUGCUCCUUCACGCAUUGUCUUCAUCCAGUGGCUCAAUAAUCCUUCUCCAGCUGUUGCCGUCUUCUCAAUUCGUAUUCUCGCAGCAACUCCAACUGUCUACAAUUGUCCUACCCGAAAAUCCUUGUCCUCGUUCGUUAUCUGCUCAUGGCCGAUAUGUGUACACGCAAUUGCGCAAUGCAGUGUUUCGAAGUCUCGUCCCUCCUGUCAUCCAAACGGCGGUGGGAUUGAAUCCGCUCUCAUUCUGGCUGAGUAUCCUGCUUCCGCCGUUUCAACGCACAUUGCCUCCGAGAACGAGACCUUCGCCGUUACAAUCCAGACUUGA